GAUGGCUAGCUUCAAGCUUCGCAUCGACCCGCAAGAAGUCACUUUUCGGGCUCCUGGGAGCGACUCCCACCAUGGUGGCGAGGAAAGUGUGGAGGACAUCAAGUGCCAGCCUGACCUCCUCCCUGUUCCACCAUUACCCGACGGCCCGCGCAGAUGGGGAACGUUCCAUCUUUUGGGAUACUGGAUUGCUGAAGCUUUCGGUUUUAGCCAAUACCAGGUCGCCUCUUCAGCAGUUGCUGGCGGAUUGUCUCCAGGUGCUACCAUUGGGGCUGUUUUUCUCGGCCACGUCCUUGUGUCUAUCGCCUGUGCUGCUAGUGGAUGGGUCGGCGCUACCUACGGCAUCAACUUUCCUGUGUUCGCUCGAGGCUCAUUCGGGAUCAGAGGAACUGCAAUCGCAGUUGUGUGUCGUGCAGUUGCCGCCAUCAUAUGGUUUGGGACCCAAACGUAUCAAGGUGGCCAAUGCGUCCAGGUCAUGGUUGGCGCGAUCUGGCCUUCCUUCAAGGCCUUUCCAAAUCACCUUCCCCCCUCAGCUCAUGUCACUUCGUCACAGCUCCUCUGUUUCUUUAUCUUCUAUAUAAUUCAGCUUCCGCUAUUGUGGAUCCACAUAUCCAAGCUGCGAUACCUUUUCGCAGUCAAAGUGGUCAUCAUGCCAUUUUUUGGGUUCGCCCUGUUCGGCUGGGCAGUCGGACGCGCCCACGGAUUUGGCCCCAUAUUCAAUCAAGGUACUCAUGUUACCGGCAUGCCAGUGGCCGUUGCCUUCUUUUCCGCUAUGACAUCGGCUAUCGCUCCUAAGGCCACUCUCGCUUUGAACAUUGCGGACUUUACUCGCUAUGCAAAAUCCCCGAGAGCCGUGGUGUGGACUAAUAUCAUCUCGUUGUCCAUCCCCGUCACUCUCUGCGCGAUCCUAGGCGUCGUGGUCACUUCUGCGACGAAAGUAAUCUACGGCGUGUCUACCUGGAACCCUCUCCAGGUCGCUGAGCUGUGGGACAAUCGCGCUGCAGCAUUCUUCGCGGCUUUCUGUUGGUCUCUUUCGGUCAUCGCCACGAACAUAUCUGCGAACUCCACAGCAGUAGGCAAUGAUCUUGCUAUUUUGUUCCCGAGCUUCAUCAACGUGCGUCGAGGGCAGUACAUAUGUGCUAUUAUCGGCGUUGCUGCGUGUCCUUGGAUGAUCCAGAACUCCGCAAAAUCGUUCACCGCAUUCCUCGGCGGCUACUCCAUAUUCUUAGCGCCAGUCGCGGGAAUCAUUCUAUCUGACUACUAUAUCCUUCGUCAUCGUUACUUGGACAUACCCAACUUAUACCGCAAGGCUUCCUCGCCUUACUGGUAUACCGCUGGAUUCAACUUGAGGGCUGUUGCGGCUUUCACGCUUGCCCUGGUACCCAACUUACCUGGUUUCGUGGCCAAAGUCAACAGCAAUCUCGACAUUCCAGCUGGGGCGUCAUACGUCUUCUCUGUGGUAUGGCCCCUCGGUGUCGUCGUUUCCGCUGUCCUUUAUCUCCUCUUCAAUGUCAUCUGGCCGACGAUCAAUAUUAAACCGAUUGUGUCCGCCGAGGCCAUCGACGAGACCGCAUCCCAGAGCUUGUACGGAGAUGAGAAAAAGCAACCGCUCUCAGUCGAUGGCAUUUGACCUCGGAUUCUUCUAUUUGCUCUCCUUUGUUCAUCGUUUUGCUGUGAUAUGCUCUGGAUUUUAGAUUUUACCGACACGUUUUGGAGGUUCUUGUAUAUUGUGGUUGUGUAUUAUUGACUCCUACUAUCAUAGAUUUGUCUGAAUAUCAUCUAUAGGAUUUUGCCGCAUC